GUUUUUUUAUAAUUUUUAGUACUUUUAAAUAUGUUUCGUAUUUAUCUUUUGGUUUAUGAGAGUUUGAGGUUGGUAUGACUGUUUCAUACUUCGACUUUUGUUUAUAUCGCUCGUUCAACCAUUGGGAGUCGGAUUUCGUUUGCAAGCUGUCUUUUGGUGUUUUUGUUAGAUUUUGAGAUUUUGAUACUUAUCAAAAAAGGAUGUUGCUUACCGACCUCUAAACAAGUCUAAAAUAAUGUAUGUCAAGAACAAGUCGGUUGGGAUCCCGUCUGAUGCCCAGUCUAAGGAGAAGUUAGCGGUAUAUGUUUAUGAAUACCUUGUGCAUAUUGGGGCACAAAAGACAGCGAAUUCUUUUCUUCAAGAGAUUCGAUGGGAUAAAUCAAUAAGCGUUGGUGAACCUCCUGGAUUCUUACACUCUUGGUGGAGUGUAUUUUGGGACCUCUACAGCGCGGCCCCGGAAAGACGUGAUACACACGAGCACUCCAGUGAAGCCAAAGCAUUCCACGACUAUGGUUUUGUUAAUUCGGGUUAUCCAAAUGGACUGCCACACCCCAAUCACCCUGUUAUGUCUGGCCCUGCGAGUGUCAGUGGUCCUGGUGGGGCAGGACCAGGAAUGCCUCCUCCACUUGGACCCCCUGGACCUGACCCAGUAUCGAUGAGGCAAAGACCAUCCGGACCACCUUUGAUGCCAACCAGUGGUCUUCAAAAUGCAGGACCUGGCUUGCAAGGACCUUCACCUCAUCACCCGUCAGUACGAUUUCAUCAACCUGGUGCAGGUGGAUAUCCUGGUAUUCCUGUCGGUGGUAGCAUGAUUCCUCCACAUGCAAAUUUACUACCAGGUUCGGGUCCCCCACAUCCCAUGCAUGGCAAUCCCAUGAUGUCUCAUCAUCAUCAUCCAUCUGGAGCCAUUGUAGGUCACCCUCGCCCUAGGUGGAUCGGCCCAUCUAUUCCACAACAGACGGGCGGUCCUCCCUGCCCUCCUCAACAAGGCGGUGGUCCCCCAGUUUGUUCGGGAUCGGCGGGACCAAAUUCAGUGUCGUCAGCUGGACCCGGGAGCGUUGGUCCGGGAUCAUGUGGAGGAAGUGGGAUAGUACCUAGUCCUGGUCAUCCUGGUACACCAACUCAACACGCUCCUCCUCAUCUUGCUGCUCCUAGUCCUAUCAAUAAUCAGUCUAACGACCACCAGUCUUCAGGAGGUGCAAUGUCAGGUCAUCCACAUCAUCCUACACCACCACAUUAUAUGAGUGGUCAACCACCACCACAGCAACAAACACCACCUACUUCGAAUUCCUGUCUCCCUCCAGAAUAUGCUACUAGACCUUCUCCACAUCUUGUUUUUAGCGGUGGGGGACCUGGCUCUACUCCUGAUAAUGGUAUGUUUGGUGCAGGUCCAGGUUGCAGUGACUCUGGAUUGCUAAAUGGUUCUGUAGGUCCUCCUCGCAGCAGUGGAAUGAUGCCUCCUCCUCCCCCAGACUAUUCAAGCGGCAUGCCUUCUUCUGCAUCAAAUCCCUACCCAUCGGGUUCUGAUCUUAAAGCUUCACCGUUACAUGGAGGUCCAGGGAUGGGUUGUGACAUGGUGAGUCCAGCUGGUGGCCCUCCCCCACUCAUGCCCUCUGAUUACCCUCCUGGCAACGGUCCAGGUGGCAACGGACCUGGACAAAAUAGCAGUGGAUUCCCGGGAGAUUCUGUUAUGAUGAUGCCUCCGCCACAACAGCAAAAUGUCUUACAGCAGCAUAUGGGUAGUGGACCACAAGGCCAAGCUCCGCCACCCCCUCAAUAUGUUCCCUCUGGAGGCCAGCACUCAGGGUCAGGUGGAGGUCCCCCAUCGUCCAUGCAGUCGGUUUGUGGAGGAUCUAAUCCAAGUCCAGCUGGUGGUCCGGGCUCUGUGCAAUUUCCACAAGAAUAUUCGUUCAGCCAGAUGUCCUAAGCGAAUCACGUCAUGUGCAACUGCCCUCCUGUUAGUUGAAAGCUUCUACGGUCGAGUGACAUUGUACUGGUUUCUGUUUCCACAUCCCCUUAUUAUUACCAAUUUGUUUUACACAAUAUCUGCAUGUCAAUUUACAAACCUUUUUUUAGAUUUUGGUGUAUAUCUUAUCCGCAAUAUGAUUGCCCUCUAAUCAUGUGUUUCAGCCGCCAAUUAGUGUAUAUGUUCUGCGGAUUUAUUAUUUGAAAGAUAUAUACAGAGGAAUCUGUCUUAACUUUUAUAUUUCUUUGAUACCCCGGUAUCUUCUAAGCACGUGGACACCAGUAAUCAUUUUCAUUAUAUGAAAUAAUCAUUUAUUUUGCUAAUGAAUUUCUCGAUUGUUUUGUGUCAUACCUGCUUUAAAUGCAUUUAAUGUUCUGUCAGUAUAUUUUUCUUUGUAGUACAUUGUUUGCUUAAUUACAAGUUAACUAGCAUUAUAUACAUUUGAUCUUUUUAAACGAUGUAUCUAUUCUGACAGUAAUCAGCUGCUUGCACAAAUAUGCAGUAAUUUGUAAAACAAGGUGGACCUCGUUGUUUUCUCUUAUGGCUUAGUCUGAAUGUAGUACUGUGUACGAACUAUUUUAAAACUGUAGUGGAUAUUGUUUAGAACAGUAUUUUCCUCCUCACUUUUAUAUUUUUGUGACUAAGACUAUUUCAUGAGUAAACGACAAAACAAAUUCCUGACGUUCAACAACUUAUUUUGAGGUGAAACUUCUCUAGGUUCUUCUAGCAACAUCGUAUGCUCUAUCCCUAAGCGGGGGUUUUUUCUCUGAGCAUUUUCGGUUCUAUGUCUAAAAGGAUUCUCAUUAUGCUUCCUGAUUUGUUAUUUGUCCUGAAUUGGUUUGAUGUUUUUAUCGCAUCCUUUAAUUUAUUAUAGUGACUGAUUAACACUUUCCAAACUAACACCUGCAUAUCUGUGUAAGUAUUCCGCCUGCAUUAUUUCUUUAUCAUCUGUUUCGUAUUAUGGAGGGCUUCUUCAAGCUAACUCAAUAGUAAUUGCUAAUAACCAUGUUGCAGCAAUAUCUGUACGUUACCGCCUAUAUGUAGAAACGUUAAGAUUCACACGAAUGUAAAUGCAUUUUAACCAC